AUGGGACUCAUCGGAAAGACAUCGCACGUGGAUCCCGCGGAGCAGACUCGCGACUCGGAAGAUGCUGAGCACAAGGGCGCCGCCGAGCACAUCAAGCAUCCUUUCGCCGACCUGAGGCAGAAGUUGAAGGAAUCGUCCCUCUACGACCUCAAGGUCAAGGCCGUCCACGCGAAACACAAGAUCGGCAAGUGGCAGAACCUGGUCAACCCCAACCACCGUCACGACGAAGAACACGAAAAGGCGACCGACGAGAAGAGAAACAGAAUCGCCGAAGGCCAUCGUUUCCAGAGUUUCGCGCCCGAGCGAGACGGAAACAAGAUCAAGUGGUACAUUGAUGGCCGUGACUACUUCCACGCCGUCUCGGUCGCACUCGAAAGAGCAAAGGAAACAAUCUACAUCGAGGACUGGUGGCUGUCGCCCGAACUCUUCUUGCGCAGACCUCCCUUCACCACCCAAGACUGGCGUCUGGACCAUGUCCUGAAGCGUGCGGCCGAACGCGGUGUCCAGAUCUACAUCAUUGUAUACAAGGAGGUGAACCAAGCUCUUACCUGUAACUCGGCACAUACCAAGCGUGCUCUCCGUGCUCUUUGUCCCGAGGGCACUCCUGGCCAUGGCAACAUUCAUCUUAUGCGUCACCCGGAUCAUAAUGUCUUUGAGAACGCAGGAGAUAUGACCUUCUACUGGGCGCAUCACGAGAAGUUUAUCGUCAUCGACUUCGACCUGGCCUUUAUCGGAGGUCUGGAUCUUUGCUUUGGUCGUUGGGAUCAGAUGCAACACCCAUUGGCCGAUGCUCACCCCGCCGGUGUCGAGAACGAGGUCUUCCCUGGACAGGAUUUCAACAACAAUCGCAUCAUGGAUUUCCAGGACGUCAAGGAUUGGAAGAGUAACGAGUUGAGCAAGGCUGAUUACGGUCGCAUGCCAUGGCACGAUGUGGCUAUGGGUGUCAUCGGACCUUGUGUCUACGACAUCGCCGAGCACUUCCAAUUGCGUUGGAACUUUGUCAAGCGUGACAAGUACAAGCGUGACGAGCGUUUCGAUUGGCUUACUCUCGAGGGCCGUGAAGGUGAAGACGAGGAUCUGAUUGCAGUCCAAAGGCCUAAGCAUCCUGUUGGAGAGUACAUUCACCACCCCAUCUCACCCAUGAAUGUCAAGACUGGUAGACCGGACCCGAGCAACGUCCAAGGUACCGUCCAUGCGCAGCUCGUGCGAAGCAGCGCCGAUUGGUCGAGCGGUAUCUUGACCGAGCACAGUAUCCAAAACGCAUACUGUGAGAUCAUCAGGAACGCUCAGCACCUUGUUUACAUCGAGAAUCAGUUCUUCAUCACCUCGACUGGACAAGAGCAAUCACCGAUUCACAAUCAGAUUGGUAGAGCCAUCGUUGAUGCUUGUGUCAGAGCAGGUAAGGAAGGCCGCAAGUUCAGAGUCAUCAUUGUCAUUCCCGCCAUUCCCGGGUUCGCUGGUGACUUGAGAGACAAUGCUGCUGCUGGAACUAGAGCAAUUAUGGACUAUCAAUACAAGUCUAUCAACAGGGGUGAACACUCCAUCUUUGGCCAAAUCAGGAAAGAAGGCAUCGACCCUGAGAAUCAUGUCUUCGUCUUCAACCUUCGUUCCUACGAUCGUCUCAACAAGACGCCGGCGAUGAAGAAGAUGGAAGAGGAAUCUGGUGUCACUUACCAAGAGGUGCAACGUGCUCAGGCUGAAGAAAUCAUGUCUUCGGGUGUGCAUGGUGGUGCCGAGUCAUCUUCGUCAGAUGAGGGCGAGUCUGAGGACGACGAGAAGGAACACUUCUCGAGCCGCAAGAAGAAGUUCGAGGCCCGUAGAGCGGCCGCUGGACUCAAGAAUGAUCAAGUCAUCAGUGAGGACAGUGUGGCUAAGAACGCUAUGUUGGGCGAGAAGAAAGUCAGCGAGGAGCAGUGGGAUGAGAAUGACUACGAACAGGAGAAGGAGAAUUGGGUCCAGGAAGAGCUCUAUGUCCAUGGAAAGACAUGUAUCGUGGAUGACAGGAUUGCUAUCUGUGGAAGCAGUAACAUCAACGAUCGUUCUCAACUAGGAAACCACGAUUCGGAACUCACCAUCAUCAUGGAGGACACCAAUGCACUUCCUUCGAUCAUGGACGGUCGUGAAUACCAAGCUGGACAUCACGCAGCAACUCUUCGUCGCAUGCUCUGGCGCGAACACUUGGGCUUGUUGCCAGCUCAACCCCUGGACGCGAGCGAGGACCCCAACGCUCAACCUCCGGAUGUCUGUCCCAACCACUGGCACGAGGGAGAUGAGUGGGAUAAACUUGUGACAGAUCCUCUUUCCGAUGAUGUCUGGAACCUGUGGACUCAACAAGCGACAACCAACACCGAUGUCUUCCGUCACCUGUUCCAUGCGGAUCCCGAUGACAACAUCCGCACAUUCGACGAUUACCAGAACUUCCUUCCUAGAAACGACACAAAGCAAGGUCAUCUUUACAACAAGUUCAUGCCCGAUGAUGAAGUAAAACGCGCCCUCGACAAGAUCAGAGGACAUCUUGUCUGGAUGCCGCUACACUUCCUAGAGAAUGCAGAGAUGGCCGAGAAGGGUCUCGCAGUCAACUACUACACCGAGAGUAUCUACACUUAG